UGUUACAGCUUUUUUUUUUUUGUUCUCACGUCUCUCUCUCUCUCUCUCUCUCUCUCUCGUUUAGAUUCAGCUGUAAAACCCUAGUGCCAUAGCCAAAGCGAGCUUCCUCUGGUGAGAGAGAGAGCGAAGAAGAAGAUCGUCGCUCCUUGCUUUCCGGUGAAUCGUCAGUUUUUUUCUUCUUCUUCAAAGAGGGGAAAAAGUAGGCUAUGGCGAUGUUAGGUGCACAGCAAGUUCCAGCAGCAGCUUGUACUCCAGAUAUUGUUGGGAAUGCAUUUGUGCAUCAGUAUUAUCACAUAUUGCAUCAAUCUCCUGAGCAUGUUCACAGGUUUUACCAAGAGAUUAGCAAGUUAGGCCGUCCUGAAGAGAAUGGUGUAAUGAGUAUCACUUCUACAUUGCAAGCUAUUGACAAGAAGAUAAUGGCACUUGGUUAUGGUGUUAUCAGUGCUGAGAUAGCAACUGUGGACACACAAGAAUCUUAUGGUGGUGGUGUUCUUGUACUGGUGACUGGGUAUUUGACGGGAAAAGACUGUGUCAGGAGGACGUUUAGUCAGACCUUCUUCCUUGCUCCACAAGAGAAAGGAUACUUUGUCUUGAAUGAUAUGUUACGGUACAUUGAUGAAGCCGCAAUCCUUCAUGCAAAUCGGAUUCCAGUGAACAUCAUUCAAACUCCUGUCAACACUUACCAGGAUGCAGCUCCUGUGAAAGGCAUUCCAAAUGACCUUGUUCAGGAGAAAUAUACCCAAGAGAAACAUGCUGUUAAGCAAAUUGAGGUGUUUUCCAAGAGCAUUAAUGGGCCUGAAGUGUUCACUCCCUCUGAAGAUGAACAAGUAUCAGCUACAGAAGAAGCUCCUGCACCUGAAAUAGUUCAUGAAGCUUCUAAUGAAGUGCAGAAGGGUGGAGAAUCUGAUCCUAGGACUGGCGAACUUCCAAAGAGAUCCUAUGCAUCCAUUGUCAAGGUUAUGAAAGAGAAUGCUGCACCAAUGUCUGCUUCGAGAACCCCAACAAAGGUGGAACCAAAGAAACAAGAAGACCAAGCCAUCCACAUCCCUCUACCAACGCCAUUGUCUGAGAAAUCAGAUUCAGGAGCAAAUGUAGCUGUAAAUGAGAACGAUCAAGAUAAUGAAAAAGCUCUAGGGCCAUCCAUCUAUCUUAAGGGCUUGCCUCUUGACGCAACACCAGCCUUGCUUGAAAAUGAGUUUCAGAAAUUUGGACUUAUUAGGACCAAUGGAAUUCAAGUGAGAAGCCAGAAGGGAUUCUGUUUUGGUUUUGUUGAGUUUGAAUCCGCAAGUUCCAUGCAAAGCGCAAUUGAGGCAUCACCUGUCAUGCUCAAUGGGCACAAAGUAGUUGUGGAGGAAAAGAGAUCUACUGCAAGAGGGAACUAUAGAGGACGCUCGUCGUUUGGUGUAAACACAGGCUACAGAAACGAAGGAGGUAGGGGCCGUGGGAGCUUUGGAGGUGGAAGAGGGGGAUAUGGCCGGACUGACUUCAAUAACGGAUAUGGUAAUAACAACAGGGGAAACAACAGAGGAGGAUAUGGAAACCGAGCAAAUGGUGACAAUGGUGGGUUCCCAAGGUCCAAUGGUAAUAACGGACGUGUAAGACGUGGUGGCGGAGUUGAUGCUAAUAGAGCUACUAAACCCGUGAUGGAUGAUGCUAAUCGUGUGACUGUUACUGCGUAAAUGUGCUUUUGAAACAAACAAAGCUCUAUUGGUUUUAGAGAGUUUAGGCUUAGAGGUAUGGCAACCAAAAAAAAAAAAAAACCACUAUCAUUCUCUUUUAACUGUGUCCCCCAUUUUGUUAAUUGGAGUCAGAAUUUGAGAGCAAAGAGAGUUUCUGCUUCUCUAUUAUUUUUUACUGCUAAUGAAAAUCUCUUUCUUCA